UUCGGUCGCGCUACUAUCAAGUACAUUUUAAACAUAUUAAAAACAGAUUUUGCUAAAUUUAUUUGUAAUCGAGUCAAAAAUGGAGGAGCAAAAGAAAGAGCUGCAGGAUGGGGCAGCCAAGCACUGCCCCAACUGCAAAGAUGAGCUGAAGCCCGAGCCCGAGCAGCUGUUUGAGGACAAUGUGGAGGACAUUGCCAAGAGUCUCGCGCAGAUAAUGCUAAUCUGUGGCAUCAACACGAGCAAGUGCUGCCAGGUGAAGUCCAUCAUCAAGAGUGCGUUUGUGUACCACGAGAAGUCGAGGACACAGUGCAGUCCGAAAGCCCAGCCAGAGGUGAGUAUCGAUCGGGAUGAUAUGCUGAAGGCGCUGCACGUCAAGUGUGAGAUGGAACGCAUGGAGGCAAUGCUUGCCUACUCGAUUAUCAAGCGGGCAUUCAAGGCCUUCUUCCAUGGGAAGCCACCGGUGACGGUGAGCAGUCCAGUUGUGGAUGCCAUGGCCGUACUCUCGCAGCAAGCGGCCUGGACCCAUGCCGCCUUCAAGACGUCCCAGCUCUUUGACCAGUACCAGGCGGCGUUCUUUUGGGCCCACAAAUCCUACGAGAAGCAGAUCAAUGUUAUCUACACGGCGCUCUACAAGCGCAUGAAGGCGCGCUGCACCAUGACGCAGGAGUCCAGGUGCCGCUGUGCUCGUUGCAGCGAGCAAUCGCUGUCCAGUGCCAGAAAGUUCGGCGGCAAGCCUGUGCCACAGAAGCUGACCCUCAAGGAAGACUGUGAUCUGCCCAAGAGCUGUAUACUGUGUGGCCUGCAGGUGCCGUCCGAAUUGACAACGGGCCCGCUCGUGAAUGUGAAGCUGCCACGUCCGAUACGCAAUCCGGAGGUGAAUCUGCCAAGCUGCGACGUGUGCCACAGUCCGUUUCUCAUCUGCGAGUGCACCAUUGAUCAGCUGACGGGGGAGCAGCAGGAGGAUUGUGGCCAGGACUCGUACAAGGUGAAGUGGUAUCGCCUGGAGGAGGGUGAACCGCAGACCAAGACCCAGUGGCCGCCAUACAUAGGAUUCUUGGACACUAAGGAGACUGAGGAGCAGCAGCAGCCCAGCAGCGAGGAUUGGGAGAAUCAUCACUGCCCUGUGGACUGCCGACAUGACAGCAGCAGCUGCGAGGACGCUUUUACGUGCGACAGCGACUUUGGAUCCUCGAAUGUCUGCGACGAUGACGACUCGAGCGACUGUCCUUCCAGCUACCGAAGCUGCACACAUUUGCAGGAAAAUACGGAUAAGCUGGAGGCUUAUCUCAAACAACUAAAGGCCAAAAAUAAGAACCCAGAGACGCGUGAGCCAGGAGCAGCCUGUAAGCGUUGCAAGGAUUGAGCCGCCACACACACACACCUCUAAGAUUUCGUUACCUACAAGCAACUCGAUUAUUCAACUAGA